UGCGGAUACAACUGUCAUUUACAGUGGACAUGGGGACGGUAGGGAAGCGCCAAAGAUUAGAGAAUAUGUUUAGCUAACUGUAUAAAUUAAGUUUGUAAAACAACAUAUAUUUAAAGUUAUCGACAAAACAUGCACAAAGAAGACUUGUUUUAGUGUUCUUCAGAAGCGGAUAUCUUGGCGAUUUUCCUGAAAGUGAUACGAAGCAGCAGAAUGUCAGUUCCCACCAACUCGCUUCAACAACAGUCCACAGUCAGACGUAGCAAUGCAGGGUCCCCCAGUUUAUCCAACAGCUGCCGUUUGCACCCCAUCCGUGCUACCGUGCCCUACCAGCUCCUACGCGGGGGCCAGAGCAGCCCGACACGCUCUUUGGCUCUCUCUGUUGGAGGCAACAAUGGACCGACAAAUAGCCGCGGGUCAUCUCCCCCAAGUGCGACACUGAAUCUUGGAGUAAAUUGCACUGGCGCCACGAGACAGAGACUGUCUCCUGAAAAUAGGGUCUCGCACUCACCUGACCGGAGUCCAAACUCACCCGUUUGUAGAGGAGAGCGGUCCAAACUGCAGGUGCGUAGCUCCAGUGCUAUCCGGCGGACAUCUUCCCUGGAUGCCAUUAUGGGGCCGUACCUCGCAGGCCAGUGGCCUCGUGACUCCCACGGACCCUACCCUUCCUGCAUGAAAGACAAAGCCACACAGACAUCUGGUCUGUGGAUAGAGGAGGCUGGAGGGGAGCAGGGAAGCCCACACCAGCGGUCAGCUUCCUGGGGUAGUGCAGACCAUCUGAAAGAGCAGAUUGCUAAACUCAGGCUGCAGCUCCAGCGCAGUAAACAGGUCAGCCGCCAGAGCAAAGACCGAGAUCAACAGCUGGGACUACACACAAGCACCACAUGCCAUCCCCAGAAUAAGGUGGUUUCCACAGCCCUGUCGAACAUCCCAGUGCCAAAGUCCCUCAUAUCGAGAGUGCCUAGCAGUGUGGAGGGCAUCAACCACGAGCUGGAGAAUGUGUUCAUCAGAGAGGACUGGAAGCAGGGAAUACAGGCUUUGGACGUGUUGGAUGGCCGCCGCGCCCCCUUUCAGCCUCAUCGCUAUGGCAAUGGCGGUGACACACGUGACACGGACACCCAGGCCCCCUCUAGUGGCGGUUCCAGCCCCUGGGCCUGCCCCUUCACCCCUGACCCCCUCCACUCCCCAGAAGGCAGCCCCUGCUCUGCAGAAGAGCUUGACAAAGACAGUGGCUGCGGCUCUCCCCUUCCCAAGUUUGCCACCUCUCCCAAACCCAACAACAGCUACAUGUUCAAACGGGAGCCUCCGGAGGGGUGUGAGAGGGUAAAAGUGUUUGAAGAGAUGGUGUCUGGUGUCUCCAGAGGCUUCCCUCUUUUUUCAUGCCCAGACAAAAACAAGGUGAACUUCAUCCCCAGGGGCUCCGCCUUCUGUCCCGUCAAACUCCUCUGCUCCUCCCACUUCACCACAACCUCGCCCAGCCCUGGUCUCCAUGCAAGAAGCAGCACAUGGCCCGAGGAUGCCAUGACACCCGCUAGUUUCACUACUCUGGCCUCCACUAACUGGAGCUCGUCUAUAGGCACAGACAUGGUCAGUAGCUCAGACACAGGCGUAGGCACCAACACAAGCACAGAGAACAGCACAGACAGUCUGAGCCCAGACACUAACACAGACACAGGUGAACUGACAAGCACAGCAGUGGUCCCAGGUGGCCUGUCUACAGAUCCCUGUUCCACUACACACAUCCUUCUUACCAGCUAGUUCUCAGGGACAGUCCAGCUUAUGAGCAUUAGCCUGGUCCCAGAUCAGUUUGAGCUGUCUUGCUAACUCCUAUGGUCGCAAUGACCAUAGGAGGUAGUAAAACAGCACAACAGAUCUGGAACCAGGCUAGCUGAGUAUGGCUCUUUAACGCGUCAUUAGCCAGCAAGGAGGGCCUAUCCUUACUAACCUAGCCUUCUCUUCUGAAAGGUGUGGCAGGCAAAAUCCUCCAGAAAGACUUGUUUUCUAUUCAGAGGGUAGAUUCGAUUGUUUCAUGUAUUGUGUUCUUUAGCAAUCAUCAGCUUCAUCAAAAAUCAAUUCAAGAAAAAAAAUAAGGGAAUUAAGCAAUGGGCAAGAGAAACAUAUUUUAUUGAAUUUUGAAAAUGUUUAUCUAACCAGCUUAUUUAGCUGUUCUGUGUUGCUAGCCAAUAUUACAGCAUGGAUAAGCUUUUUAAUAUAAAAUAUCAUGCCUGUUUAUAUUAAAAACCCUAUUGGGAUGUCCUACAGUUACAAUACAAUGCUCCACUUUUUCCUGAAUGUUUACACUUAUUUCAGGUCUCAAUCCAGUUUAAAGACGAUCUGAAAGUGACCACACAGCCAGCUACAAAGCACAAUGUCCCCACAUAGCCUUGUUUCAGGUCCCCUGAAUAACCAAUGAACUCAGGUCAUUUGGAAUGUACUACGACUCAUGCAUGAACUUUGACGUUGUCUUUUAUGGUUCAUUCAUGACAUUACUCCUAAGACAUUCCAUAGUCUUUAAACAAGUGCUGAUUCUAAUCUUUCAACACGACAUUAAAGGAUUGCCAUCGAUAGAAAUAACUUUGUGCAUUGGAAAUCUGUAAAGAUAGUUUCAAGUGCUUAAAGAGACAUUCCAGAGGUUAUUAUAUUGUAGCUCCAAGAUAUCAGCAGUAUUACCUUUCAGAGCCUGUUCAAUCUCCCUAGUGAUAAAUGAGCUAUGACAUUUUACCAAUAAAAUUGAUCAAAAUAAGGCCUAGAUUCAAUCGGAUUAAGUGUUGACCAGCGGUGUCUUGAGUUUUGGCGGCGUCAGGUGUUACUGCGUUGGAGCUGUCAAAUCGGUGAACAAAUGCUCCUGUGAUCAUUGUCACGAAGCCGUACUCGUCUCACUCGCGAUAGAAGUUCAGAAAGAGAAUGUGUAGGCUAUAUAGAAAUAAUGAUGCUCAAAUUGAAAAUCACUAAACAAAAUAAUGAGCAUUUCUAUCAGCCUAAUCGAGGUUUAGAUUACAUCUCACAAUCCAGUGUUCGAACUUGUAAACAAGGCUACAUGGGAUUUCUCUCAAUGCGUCUCCAUGCAGCCAAUGGCAAUGUCCGCUUUAGGUAUAACGCCGGGAGCCGCUUGUGGAUUUGACAGCUUUAAUGCGGGUGUUGGCUAGAUAGAAUCUAGCCCUAAAAAAAAGUUAAGCAUCAACAACAACAAAAAAUAGCAAAGCCGAAAGUAACUUUUUUUAAAACUAAAUAGAUAAGCAAUCAGAGAAUUAACAUUGCGGCUAAUGAGAUAUUUUCAAAGCACUUAAUUUGUGCAAAUCUGUUAAAAUAAACUGAGUAUCUUAGUGUUGAUUUGACGUUCAGUAUGGAGUAAAAUAUUUCAUGAAACUGUAAUAGGGCUGGAUUCAAUUCUUGUCGCGGAAGUACCGUGGGAACGUCGCCUUUAAAUAUAAAUCGAGCUAUAACGUGGACCUCCCCCGAUUAAAUCCAGUCCAUAACGUUAAAACCCCUUGGCAUUAAUAUUUAAAAAAUAUUUUAAGUAAAAACAGGCAAAACCAACAUAUGCAACACAAUCCACUCAAACCUAGAUGUAUAUUUUGUCAGUAAAGAUGAAUGCUGCUCGAAUCAUACUAACAUAUUAUUUUCAAAGUUCAGCAAGGCUUGCCAUGUUCGGCACUAAUAUUACAUGCCUGUGUAUCUGUUUUAUGUAGACCUUGUGUUUUUACAAUAAAGUAAGCAAUAAAAUUACA